AUGGUCAACCAUUCUUAUGUGAACUCUCCGGCGUUCCUAUCAGGCACUCUACAUUUAAUGGCUUGCUUUGAAAUCCCUAUGCAUUUGAUUGGAGCAUACUGCAUCAUUUUUAAGACACCCCGUACUAUGAGAUCUGUAAAAUGGACCAUGUUCAACUUACAUUUCUGGAGUGUGUUUCUGGAUUUGACUAUAAGCUUGUUCACAACUCCCUAUGUUCUUUUCCCGGCUCUCAUUGGUCGUUCUUUGGGAAUUUUCGAAUAUGUCGGGGUCCCAGUAGAGCUUCAACUCUACCUCAUUGUCACAUUAUUUCCUGCUGUUGGUGUCUCGAUUACAGCUAUUCUUGAAAAUCGGUUUUAUUUACUUUUCUCUUGGGAAAGUUCCUGGAAAUACUUCCGGAUUCCAUUCCUAACAUUUUUGUAUCUGUCAUCUUUCCUAUGUUUUCUACCCUCCUAUCUGAGUAUUCCGGAGCAGAAACAGGCAAUGGCAGAAGUUUUGAAGAUUAUACCAGAAAUCCAAGAAUACAUUCUAUCCGAUGGCAAGAUGUUUGUAUUAUCCACCGAUUUUCACGAGUUCUUUUGGACUCUUGUUAUUAUGAUCGGAUUGGUGACCGGCACGUCUGUGACAUUCGCCAGAAUACUUUAUAGGAAUAUGAAGGAGAGAUCGAGGUUGUUGAAUAUGUCUCCACAAAUGACCUCCAUGCCAAUUCUGAUUCUAAUCCUUCCUAUCAGCUACCUGGCCAUUUCAAUGUUUUCCGGAUACUUCAAUCAAGCGGCUAAUAAUCUAUGUUUCAUCAUUACUGCAUUCCACGGAUUAUUAUCUACUGCAAUCAUGAUUACAGUACACAAACCAUAUAGAGAUUUCAUUUAUAUUGUAUUUUUUCAAAAAAUUCAUCGGUUAUUGUUGCAUACAGAAUCAAAGAUAGCGUAUUCGAUGUCAAUGAUUAGUAGAACUUCGUCUGGUUUGUAG